CCGCUGCUGCUGCUGCUGUUGUUGCUGCAGCGGCAAGUGGUGGUGCAGGGACUUCUGGAACUGUUGCAGCCUCGGGCCCGGACCCAGCAAUGGCUGGGCCAGGCGGCAGCUUUGCUUACAUCGACAGGAAGGCGGCGCAGAUUCCGUCCAAGUAUGACGGAAAGGACGACGUCGAGUCUUGGAUCAGCUCCAUGCGGUCCUACUUUGAUGUAUUGGGGACACCCCUGUCCACUCAGUCGUCUAUCCUGGGGACCAAUGUGGAGCCCGUCGUGCGGGGUUUCCUAGAAACCCAGGCUAUCCAAUCAGGCUAUAAGAGAAUAGACCUGAACAAGUGGCUGAAGGCUACGCCUACUACCACACUUGAGGAUCUCUUGAUCAAACAAUAUGCUGAUCCACAUGCUGCAGCUAAAGCAAGACUUAAGCUUGACAAGCUCAAGCUCAGCAAGUGGACCGGCACCAUGCACAGUCUGCAGCAGUACGUCAGUAAACUCUUUGCUACUCUGGAUCUGGAGAUGACUGCGCAGUCUUGCUUGGAUGUGAUAAAAGGUACGGUCCCCUCUACUUUGAAAGAUCGCCUAGGGCUCGGGCUCAACGGAUAUACAGAUUGGCUUACCCUCAUGCGGGACUUAGUCAAGCUGGAGGCACAGGACCUCCCGGGUGGAUCAAGUGGCAAAAAGGCCACUGGCGGCAAAUGGUUUCCAGGCAGCAAACGUUUUGCAGCACAUGAUCUGCUUGAGGCUGACGAGGAGACCCUCGUAGAAGAAUCUUCUCUUGAUGACGAUCAAGAGCAAGACUGCGGGGCAUCUUGCGCUUUGUCAGCCCAUGAGUCUGAGUAUGUGAAUGACGAUGAAUCCAUGAAUGCCUUUAAGAAGACUGCCUUUAAGAGUAAGGGACCGAGGACCACGAUGAAGAAUAACACUAACACUAUCCUUCUUCCCAAGGGAGCAAAGAUUCCACCAAAACCGGAAGAUCCUGCCACAAAACCAUGGGUAGAUCUCCGUAUUAGUGAAAGUGGUUGCAAAGUCUUCAGCAAGAUCGAUCUCAAGUCUGGCUACCACCAAAUUGAGGUUGAACCUGCAGACCAGCACAAAACUGCAUUCAAAACUCGCGAUGGGCUGUACGAGUUUACAGUUAUGCCCUUCGGUCUCACGAAUGCACCAGCCACCUUUCAAAGUCUCAUGGACAAAGUGUUUCGCAAUCAGAUCAACCGAUUUGUUGUUGUAUAUCUGGAUGACAUUCUUAUCUUCAGCAAAUCAAUGGAGGAGCACAUGAGACACCUUAAGGAAGUGAUGCAGAUCCUGAAGGACGCGAAGCUCCAUCUCAACUUGGAUAAAUCUGAGUUUGGGAGGGACAGCGUCAUCUACCUUGGACAUCGGUUGUCUGCUGCAGGCCUAGAGCCCGAGGCAACCAAGGUUGAGGUCAUCCAAAAGUGGCCCCAACCUGCGAAUGUCCGCGAGUUGCGUUCUUUUCUUGGUCUUGCGUCGUACUACCGUAAGUUUGUGCCUAAAUUUUCUAUCAUUGCCCAUCCAUUGUCUAGACUAACAAGCAAGAAUGUGUCCUACGCAUGGAAUGAAGAAUGCACGACAACCUUUGAAGCAUUGAAAGAGGCUUUGGUGAGUCAUCCAGUGCUCCGCAUUGCAGAUCCCAAGCUUACAUUCGUAGUAACUACGGAUGCGAGUUUGUAUGGGAUUGGUGCAGUGCUGCAGCAAGAUGAUGGCGAUGGUUUACGUCCGYUGGAAUACUACAGCAAAYGCAYGCCCAGCCACAWGGUAGCUGCCUCCASUUACAUGAGAGAGCUCUAUGCCUUGAGAGAGGCACUAGACCAUUGGAAACACUACCUCUUGGGUCGCCAUUUCAAAGUGUUCUCGGAUCAUGAGACUUUGAAGUGGAUUCAGACACAGAUAAACCCAUCAACUACGCUGACCCGCUGGCUGCAUGAGAUUGAUGUGUAUGAUUUCGAACUAAAACACAAUAAAGGCUGCUAUAAUCAUGUUGCGGAUGCUUUGUCUCGCCACCCUGAGUACAUGACUUGCCUAGUGGGUUCCUACGAUCUUCGCAAGGACUUACAGAAGGAACUCAUUGAGCACACUGCCAAGGAUUCGGAACUCAGUCCCAUCCUUGAGCAGAUUCGGGUUGACCCUAGUAGUCAACCUGAUUUCCAUGAAUGUAAGGGCCUUCUCUUCCGACGCUACGGUAAGCAUAACCGGUUGUGUGUACCCAACCAUGAGCCAAUCAUCACUCACUUCUUGGAUUUGGAUCAUGGCCGGAGUGGACACUUCGGUGUUGAGAAAACAUACGGGAAACUGUUGGAAAGGUUUGUGUGGCCUGGAAUGAAAAGAAUGGCACAAAGGUUUGUGGCUGAGUGUGAAGUUUGUCAGCGCAUUAAGCCGUCUCGGCAGAAGCCCUAUGGCCUGCUGCACCCUCUUCCUAUCCCUGAUGGCCCGGGUGAGUGUGUUUCCAUUGACUUCACGGACAUGGGGAAGAAGAGCAGAAACGGUUAUUCACAAGUGAUGGUGAUCGUUGAUCGGUUUUCGAAAUUUCUAAAUCUGAUUCCCUUGCCACCUCACGCCCCAACUGACCUUGUGAUCGAUGAGUUCAACAAAAGGUACGUGCUACAUUAUGGSCCCCCGAAAACUCUCGUGAGUGAUCGGGACACCAGGUUCAUAAGCGCAGACUGGAAAGAUUUCACCUGCCAGACCUAUGACAUGAAACUUAAAAUGACGUCUGGGCGACACCCCGAAGCCAAUGGACUGGCUGAGGAAAUCAACCAGACCGUGAUCCAGCUUCUGAGGGCUCUAAUUGUACCUGAUCAGAACUCUUGGGAUGAGGAGUUGUCGAUUGUGCAUAGGUUGUACAACAACUCCAUCCACUCCUCCACCGGGAUGACGCCUAACCGGCUGCAUCUUGGAUAGAAAAUCCGCAAUCCUCUAUCUUAUCUGUUUCCUGAUCAGCCACCUGGCCUAACACCUGGCCAGCCAGGCUACAGCGCCAAGUUCGA